AUGAGCAAACAAACAGGGCCUCAAGCUUUCUCCUUGCAACAACAGGAAACUGUCCCAAACUGCUCUGGAAAUGAAAUCUCUCCUGGUUUGAGCUGUGAUGUGAGUGUUGGUGAGAAGAGAAAGAGGAACGAGUAUGCUGAGAUUUGCAAUACCGAAAAUCACAUUGGUGAACAUAACAACAGACGAGAGUUUAAUGAUAAUGGAGAUGCAGAAAUGGGAGAAGAGUUAGUACAACCAAACAUUGCUCAAUGUGUUGGUCUAAAGUUCAGCGACUUUGAUAAGCUGAGGGAAGACAGAAACUUUGCAGUUGGCCAGACGUGGGCUCUUUAUGACACAGCGGCGGAUGGGAUGCCUAGAUUGUAUGCUCUGAUCAGAAAAGUUUCAGCUCCUUCCUUCGGGCUUAGGAUCACAUAUCUAGAGCCUGAUCCAGAUAACGAGAAAGAGGUCCAAUGGUGUGAACAAGACUUGCCUGUUUCCGCUGGUAAGUUCAGACUUGGGAAAAACGAGAACACAAAAGAUCUUUCUGUAUUCUCUCAUCUUAUGCAGUGCAGUGUAGUAAGCAACACUCGUCAUUUCACUAUCUCACCAAGAAAAGGCGAGACUUGGGCUCUGUUCAAGAACUGGGAUAUCAAGUGGUCUUCAGAGCCAGAUUCUCACCGCAAAUACGAGUACGAGUUCGUGGAGAUUUUGUCAGAUUUUACUGAUGGAGCUGGUGUAUUUGUUGCACACUUGCAUAAAGCAAAAGGCUUUGCGAGUGUCUUCUUCCGAAUGGGGACUGGUAACGCAGACAUAUUUCGUAUCUUACCUCACAGUUUGUAUCGGUUCUCCCACAUGGUUCCUUCCUUCAAACUGACUGGAACUGAAGGAAAAGGUUUGCCAAAAGAUGCUUACGAGCUUGACCAAGCUGCAUUACCAGAAACAAUCGAAGAGAUUACCGUGCCUUCAGUUCUUGAAAGCACUAGAAAGUCCAAACCUCAAGCCAUCUACUUUCUUAGCAAGGGGAAGGUUUUCAAAACUGGCCAGAUUUGGUCAUUCUACAGAGGUAAUGACGAAUUGCCACUGUACUAUGGCAAGAUUCAGAAGAUCACUUUCACUCAGGCGUUUAAGCAGGAACCAGUUUUGAAACUACACAUAUCUCUGCUAAAGGCUUUACCUUCCCCUCCUGAAGUCAUCCAGUGGAUUGACAAGCAAAUGCCGAUCACCUCUGGAACUUUCUACCCGAGAAAAGCUGUCGAAGUAAUCACUCAAGAUGAUGUUUCACAUCAGAUGCUACCUCAAACUUCAAUGGAUGGGAAUGAAUAUACCAUUUUCCCAAAGGUUGGCGAUGUUUGGGCGAUAUACAGAUUCUGGACUCAUCACAUUGAUGUAGAGGACUUGGAAGAGCAUUGGCACUAUGACGUUGUGGAAGUUCUUGAUAAUGCCUACGACUACAAGGUUUUACUGUUGGAGCCCGAUUCGGAUUUUAGUGAAGAUGAAGAGACGUUCUUUCGGGCAGUUACAGAGUAUAAGCAUAACGCUGUUGAUGGCACGGAACCGAUCUUUACAAUAAAAUAG